AUGUCGGUUACUGCAGUUGCCCCGGUCCUUCGUGAUCAUGGCCUUGCCAUUUUAGCCAUCUCUGCAGCAGUCUUUGCUUUCUACAAAACAUUUUUAGCUGCUAGUCUACCCAAAGAUAUCCCGCUUGUCCGUGAAAAGCCAGGUCGGAAAGGUUUCAGUCUCCGAACUCGAAUUUCCUUCUACCUUGAUUGCUCACGCUUAUAUCGUGAUGUAUGGGAUAAGUUUUCAAAAAAGGGCAAGCCUGUUGUGGUUCCCACUCUUGGCCCACGAAAGGAGAUAUUCCUGCCCCAUUCGUCAAUAAAGUGGGCAAUUUCUCAGCCUGCUAAUAUAUUGGGAAUGUGGGAAGCCUUUAACGACAACUUCCAACUCCAGUCUAGUCUUGGGGACGAAAAGUACAUGCUUGACACCUGGGUGCAUCACCUCACUCGCCAUGUCCUGACCGGGGAGUUGGAGAACCACAUUAUGCCAGUAUAUGAAGAGCUUCAGCUGGCGAUUGAUGCGCGACUUGGCCAUAAUACAGAGGAAUGGAGGACAUUAGAUCUUCUGGACACCAUGAGGAUGAUUGGCAAUCAAGCAGGCAGUCGAUUUGGUGUUGGCCUUCCCUCAUGCCGGGAUGAAGAGUACCUCCGCACAAUUAUGGAUACUAUUGAUGGUGUUCUUGCUAAUGCUGGAAUCAUUGGCUUAUUGCCCUCUUUCCUACGUCCUGUCGCCGCUCCUGUUGUAUGUUGGGGUACUCGAAAGGGGGUAGCCAAGCUGGAAGCUAAGUGCGACCCGGUUUUCAAGGAACGAAUCGCGUAUAUGGAAUCCAACCCAGAUGAAACCAAUGAUCCCGGUGACUUUUUACAGAAGAUGCUUCGAUAUGCGCAUCAAAAACGACCGGAAGAACUGGCAACUGAUCAAAUGACACGACGAUUACUAGUCGCUAAUUUGGGGUUCACUUACCUGGCAGGCUUUGCGAUGUGCAAUAUGCUGUUGAAUAUCCUCGCUUCCGACUCAACAUACAAUACCGUCGACGUACUCAGACAAGAAGCAGAAACAUUUCUUAAUAGUGCCACCAGUCAUUCAGAGCUGUGGAAACGAAAGAGUACUUCGCGCAUGGUCUAUGUGGACAGUGUUGCCCGUGAAACUCUGCGUCUAAAUAACCUUCCCACACGCACUCUUGCCCGUCAGGUCAUGGUUGACGGCCUCAAAACCGACGAUGGUACACCGUUGCCACGUGGAUCAUUUGUAUCGUUUGUUUCGCAGCCGAUGCACACUGAUGCCGAGCACUUCGAAAACCCGAACACCUUUGACCCUUUCCGUUUCGUCCGUCUUCGAAAAGAAGAAGCUGAAGCCAAAGGUUCUAAAGCAAGUACCGAAGCUGGGGGAGCCUGGAGCCAACACAGCUUUUUGUCAACCGCUAACCUGCUGGUUUUUGGUCGCGGUCGAAAUUCUUGUGCCGGCCGGUUCUUGCUUGACUUCGAGCUUAAAAUGAUGAUCUCGUACCUGCUAACCAACUAUGAUAUCAAGUUCCCAGAUGAAUAUCAAAAUAAGAGACCCGCAAAUCGUUGGCUGUUGGAGUUUAUCUUCCCGGAUAAAAGGGCAAAGAUCCAGGUCAGACGCCGAAAGCCCGUUGCGGUAAACUCGGAGAAAUAG